CUUCGGGGGCCGCCCCCGCGGCGGCCCGCGGUGGGACCGCGAGCCGGACCCGUUCGCAAACUCCGACCCUCCUCUCCCCCCUGCCGCCGCCGACGGCACCGCCCCGUUCGAGGAACACCAGAACACGGGCAUCAACUUCGACGCGUACGAGGACAUCCCCGUCGAGACGUCUGGGCGCGAGGUCCCGCCCCCCGUCGCCACGUUCGCGGAGAUCGAUCUCGGCGACGCGCUCAACGAGAACAUCCGCCGGUGCCGGUACGUGCGCCCGACACCCGUGCAGCGCUAUGCCAUCCCGAUCUCGCUCGCCGGGCGGGACCUCAUGGCCUGCGCGCAGACGGGGUCCGGGAAGACGGCCGCCUUCUGCUUCCCCAUCAUCAGCGGCAUCAUGAGGGGGCCGCCAGCGGGGAGGCCGCAGCGGGGUGGGGGUAUGGGGAUGCGCACGGCGUACCCGUCCGCGCUCAUCCUCUCCCCCACCAGAGAGCUCUCCAUGCAGAUUCAUGAGGAGGCUAGGAAAUUUUCGUACCAGACGGGUGUUAGAGUGGUUGUUGCUUAUGGAGGAGCGCCGAUUACUCAGCAGUUAAGAGAUCUUGAGAGGGGUGUUGACAUUCUUGUGGCUACCCCUGGCCGUUUGGUUGACUUGUUGGAAAGGGCAAGAGUAUCUUUGCAGUCAAUUAGAUACCUUGCCCUUGAUGAGGCGGAUAGAAUGCUUGAUAUGGGUUUUGAACCACAAGUUAGGAGAAUUGUUGAGCAAAUGGACAUGCCUCCACCAGGUGUCAGGCAGACAUUGCUGUUUAGUGCGACAUUCCCAAAAGAAAUCCAGAGAAUGGCAUCAGACUUCCUGGAGAACUACAUCUUCCUGGCUGUUGGAAGAGUUGGGUCAAGUACUGAAUUGAUUGUCCAGAGAAUUGAAUUUGUGCAGGAGGCAGAUAAAAGAAGUCACCUGAUGGACCUUCUUCAUGCACAAAGAGAUACUGGAAAGCAAAAUCUCACACUUGUCUUUGUGGAAACCAAAAGGGGUGCUGAUUCAUUGGAAAGCUGGUUGUGUAUGAAUGGGUUUCCAGCUACUUCUAUCCAUGGAGAUAGAAAUCAGCAGGAAAGAGAAUAUGCUUUGAGAUCAUUCAAGAGUGGGCAAACUCCUAUUUUGGUUGCUACAGAUGUGGCAGCUCGGGGCCUCGACAUUCCUCAUGUUGCUCAUGUUGUGAACUUCGAUCUGCCCAAUGAUAUUGACGACUAUGUACACAGGAUUGGACGGACUGGGAGAGCAGGAAAGAGCGGCCUUGCAACAGCCUUCUUCAAUGAUAAUAACUCAUCGUUAGCAAAAUCUCUUGCUGAACUAAUGCAAGAAUCCAACCAGGAGGUACCUGCAUGGCUCUCACGCUAUGCAGCUCGCCCUUCUUACGGUGGUGGUGGGGGGAGGAACAGACGGUCUGGGGGUGGGAACCGCUUCGGUGGCCGUGACUUCCGCAAUGACUCUUCCUCAUUCAGCAAAGGGGGUUCUCGUGGAGGUGGUGGUGACUACUACGGUGGAGGCAGCAGUGGUGGUGGUUCCUCUUCAUACGGUGGUGGUGGCUAUGGUGGAGCUGGGGCUCCAAGCGCCUGGGAUUAA